CUCAAGGUCAAUACGUCAGGUGUUCACUAAAACAUUAUCAAAUUAUGACUUAAUGGUCUGCGAUUCCGAUAAUAAAGUUCUGCAAAAGCUGCAGAUUUACUUCAAGAGAUGCACUGGAAUACUUCCUUAUUCUAUGGUUUCUCUUGACUCAUCUAGAAUUGUUGUUUUAUUUUUCGCAUCCGGUGGCUUAGCUCUUUUAGAUGCAUUGGACAGUGUGGAUAAGAAUGAAAUCAUAGAGUUUAUAUACUCUCACCAAAUAUUGUCAACUGGUUUGAUUUAAUUAUAAUACUUUGUGUUAAUUUUCAGAUAUUCAAGACAACAAGGGGGGCUUCAGAGGUUCAAAUCUCAUCGGUUGUUCUUCAGAUCCUGAAGAAGCUAAGUUGGUCCGUUCGAAGUAUGAUGGAAGCCACGUAACAAUGGUUUAUUCAGCUCUUUCCACGUUGUUGUUACUUGGUGAUAACUUAUCUCGUGUAGACAGACGCGGAACUCUGGCUGGAUUAUCGGCCAUGCAGUGCUCAGAUGAGCCUGGUUUGUUCAAAGCAGGAGAUAUAUGUGGGGAACGCGACAUGCGUUUCGUAUUUUCUGCAGUUGCCAGCUGUUAUAUUUUGAAUGGACUAGAUUCUAUCAAUUGUGAAAACGUUGCUGAUUUCGUCGCAAAAUGCCAGACUUACCAAGGUGGAUUCGCUAAUUUACCGUAUUUGGAAGCACAUGCUGGAGCUACUUACUGUGCAGUAGCUAGUUUGUCUCUUAUAGGUAAAUUAGAAUCCGUUAUCCCAUCUGGAUCCAAGUCGCGAGAACUGUUGAUUAAAUGGCUAUUGAACUUACAAGAAGAAGGAUUUCAUGGGCGUGUUGGUAAACCAGAUGAUACAUGUUACACAUUUUGGGUCUGUGCUAGUCUUAAGAUACUAAACUGUCACCAUCUGGUCGAUAAGAACUCAGCUGUUCGUUUUGUAACAAGAUGUUGGAAUGAUGUUAUUGGGGCAUUCACAAAGACUCCUGACCAGUUUUGUACCCCAGAUCCACUUCAUACUUACCUUUCUCUUUCUGGCUUAUCAUGUUUAUGUGCAAGUGACAAUUCAAAAACUGGGAACGAUGUAAAAUCAAUGGAUUCAGAAUCUUACGUGUAUCGUAACUUACAAGAAUUACUAAAUUCAGACAGACUUCUUACUGUUUAUCCAGAGUUAAAUAUUCCUGAAAGAUAUCAUCAACGUUUGAAACAAAUUCAUUUGCAGUGGAGUAAAAAAUAA